AUGGCAGAGAAUUUCGAUUCCGACUUUAAGAAUCAUCCACUUCCACUCGCACGUAUUAAGAAAGUAAUGAAGACUGACCAGGAUGUAAAGAUGAUCAGUGCUGAAGCACCAAUCCUAUUUGCCAAAGGUUGCGAAAUAUUCAUUGCUGAAUUAACACGACGCGCAUGGGUUCAUGCUGAGGAGAACAAGAGACGUACAUUGCAACGUUCAGAUAUCGCAACUGCCAUUUCAAAGACAGACAUGUGUGAUUUUUUGAUUGAUAUCGUUCCUCGCGAAGAAGCAGCUAAGACAACAGACGCAGUAAGGGAUUUUAUAAUCAUUAAUAUUAUUUAUUAA